GGCAUGACAAGUUGUGCAUUAGAUUUAGAAGUUACUUCUUAUACAACACAGAAGAAAAAAUGGUAUCACUGCGCUUCCCCUUCUCUUCCUUCCCACCUCCCAACAAUCCCAAUCCAAAUUUAUCAUCCCAUCGUCUUGUAAUUGCUGCCGGAGCCACCAUUGUUGGUACCUUCGCAGGAAUAUCAAUUGCCCAUCAUUCUAACAAACACCCUUUUCUUCACAAUACACUUGAUUUCAUUCUUGCUCAUCUUCUCUUAACUCCCAAUUCUCCUUCUCCAUUUUGGGCUUCUCUUUCUUUGUCCCCUGAUUCUUCUGUUACUGAAUCCAAAACUGGGGCUUCCUUCCCUUCUCAGCUUAAUAAUUCUCAGACAUUGUUGGGUAUUGGGUUGAGGAGAAAGAGUAUUUUUGGUCUUAAGAACAUUGAUGUUUAUGCUUUUGGUGUAUAUGCUGAUGAGGAUGAUAUGCAGAAGAACCUCAAGGAAAAAUAUGAGAAACUUUCUGCUUCUGAUUUGAAAGACAGUAAAGAUUUUGAUAAAGAUCUUUUGGAAAGUGACAUAAGAAUGACAGUGAGACUACAAAUAGUCUAUUCUAGAUUGAGCGUUCGAUCAGUGCGUAGUGCAUUUGAAGAGUCUGUAGGAAGUAGACUUGAGAAGUUUGGAGGGCCAGAUAACAAAGAAUUGCUUCACAGAUUUACUUCGCAAUUCAAAGAUGAAAUGAAAUUAGCAAAAGGUGCCGUUAUCGAACUCUCCAGAGAGCAUGGUCAUGUGCUUCGCACAACAAUCGAUGGCAAUGAGGUAGGGAGCAUUCCGAGCAAACUUUUAUGUCAGUCGGUACUGGACUUGUACAUCGGUGAAGAUCCUUUCGAUCAAAAGGCGAAAGAACAGGUAGUAGACAAGUUGGCAAGUUCUUUCGAGAAUAACUAAGAAUUCACCGGUUGGAUAUGGUGUUAGACGAUCUUUUCUGGUUACAUAGAGAGUUGUCUAUCGGCUUGUCUAACACAUUAGAAAGCACCUUUGAAAACCCUAGUACACGAUUCAAAAGUUCUUUGUACUUUGUAUGUUGUAUGAUAUUCGACUGUGUAAAUUUCUUCAUUAGCUGUUUGAUUUAUACCUCAUUUUGCUUUGGUUGGGAAAUUUAGAAAAAUUAAAUUUGCACACUUUGCUUCGUGAAUGGUGUGUGUGCUUGUCCGUUGUAAUACGUUCCUCCAUUUUUUCUUGGUUAAAACAUUUGACUUUCUGUGCUGUAAACGUACUCUGCUUUGACCAUAUUGUUUUACGGUAAGAACCCACAAUUCGAAUUACUCCUUUCCUUAUUCU